AUGCUACCCAAGACCAGUGUCCCCAAAUUGGGUGCCCUGCCGACAGCUCGAGCAGCUUCGACCCGAGCUUCGAUCCAAGCACGAAGUCAUGCGAGAGUCGCUUCCGCCCCCGCCUAUGCUGCCAGACGACAGCAGCAUUUCCUGAGAUCCCUGGUCGUCAUCACUGCAGCUGCUGGUGUCGCCACUGUUUCACAAUACUAUCUCAAUGAUGGUCGCCUCCUCAAUACAGCUUAUGCCGAAGCCCCACCUGCCGCCGACCAACCAGAGCUUCAAAUAGAAAAGACUCGCAGACGCGGUGCCAACAAAGAGGAGGAUAGAGAUAUUGCAAGCUCCCAGCAUCUCCAGGUCAGAAAGUCAUGGGAGAACCCUGGCGUCUACGCAUGCGGCUCCAAUGCUGGCAAGGUCGUCGCCCCCGACUCGGAUGCCUCCUACAUCAAGACCCCUCGUCGCAUCAAGUUUUUCGAUGGUAAACUGCUUCGCGACAUCAAAUUAGACAAGAAUUUUGGCGCUGCCAUUGACGAGCAGGGCAACCUACUGCAGUGGGGCGUUGACUACUCCAAGGACACCACCCAACCCACUGUGACACUCAAGGGCAAGAAUCUGGUCUCCUUGGCCAUUUCCAAAGACCGUAUCCUGGGCCUGUCAUCUUCUGGAAGCGUCUACUCUCUGCCAGUCUCCGCUGCCGACCAGGCAUCCGGCGCUAAGCCUAGCGAGAGCUCUUGGAUUCCUUUCUGGUCUUCCACUUCUCCCAUCAGCUACCGCACCAUUGUCCCUUCAGAUAUGAGCUACAGCGAGAAGGUCUCAACCAUUGACAGUGGUCUGGAACACGCCUUGCUGCUCACAUCCAAAGGACGUCUCUUCUCCAUGGCAUCCGCAACUGACGCUUACCCUACUAGAGGUCAGCUCGGCGUUCCAGGCUUGUCUUGGGACAACAAGCCUGCUGGUCCCUACUAUCAACCUCACGAGUUGACUACCCUGAGAGGUUUUAACAUUAACAAGAUUGCAUGCGGUGAUUAUCAUAGUAUCGUAGCUGACGCCGAUGGUCGUGUCUUUGCCUUUGGCAACAACACUUCUGGGCAAUUGGGUUUCGACUACAACACCGAGUCUGCUGUUGUUGAUACGCCGGCAUUGUUACCACUCCAGAAGCUGUAUGCCGGAUCGUCUCAGACUCCCGUGGUCACAUCCAUAGCCGCUGGCGGUGCCAACUCUUUCUUGACCGUAGAUGCUACCAAGGUGGCAUCACGUAACUCUGACGGCAGAGGUGUUGGCAGAGUCACUGCUGAUACUUUCGCAUGCGGUGCUGGUAUCUACGGUACGCUCGGAAACAACCGCUGGACUCACGUUCAGGGAACUCCCACCAAGAUUCCCUCAUUAUCAUCGUUAUUCGAAUACGACGAAACAACCAACUCAGUCGUUCCCAUUAGAUUGGCUAGUAUUAGUGCUGGCAACAAGCACGUCGCGGCUGUCAUGAACAAUGUUGCCCACACAGGAGCCUUGAACACGGAUGGAGAAACAUGGUGGGGAAGAGACAUCGUCUUCUGGGGGGGUAACGAGCAUUAUCAGCUGGGAACUGGUAAGAGAAACAAUGUCAACGCCCCUACGUACAUUCAGCCUCUCGACCAAGCUGCAGAGCGUAAGGUCAGAGGCAAAGAGGAGCACAGAUUCCAAAUUACACCAAGAAGUACUGUGCGUCUCGCCGAUGGCAGGAAGGUCAGCAUAGAACAGCGUGUAGAAUGUGGUAGGGACUGUACCGCUAUCUACUCGGGCGUAUAA